UGUAGUCUAGACCCUCAGAAAAACAAAUAUUAUCAAAAAGUAAAACUUACCCCAAAUCAAACAGCUCCAAAAAUAUACCUACAGUAUUUUUGUAAAUAUAAAAUAUAAUAGUGAGAUUCGACUUCAAAAGGUUGUAGUAAAGAAAAGUUAAAUGAACUAAAGCUCAAUAAACACAUCAUGUCAUACCUAAAACUGUAUAUAUUCUAUUGUUGGGUGGAAACGAUCGAUCGCAUCACGCUGUCAAUCACUCUCUCUUGAACUGUGUGAACCUUCUCUUCUCACAGCAACAUACACUGAAUCUGUCUAUGACUCGCCCUACAGAAAGAGAACAGAAAAAUGCGGCCUGCACAUGAGAGUACUGCAAGCAGAUGUGUUUUGGUGGAGAAUGAAGAAGACAGCAUCCAGACAGUACUCAUCGGUGAUGGUACUGAUGACAAGAGCUGUUCUGAAGGUCACAAAGACAUAACGCAAACAUCGGUUAAGCAAUCUAAGACACCAGCAGAGAAAGAAUCUUUCAAAUGUGACCAGUGUGGAAAGGCCUUUGCAAAGAUGUUGUCACUUCUACAACACAAGCGUGUGCAUUCAGUCGUAAAGCGGCACUGUUGUGAAAAGUGUGGUAAGAAAUUUACCCAGUUACGAGGACUGGAGACUCACCUCCGCAAACAUACGCAGAGCUGUGAGAAGACGACAUUUCCCUGCAGCACGUGUGGGAAGAGCUUUAAAAAUCUGGCAUCGCAUGAACUUGUGCAUGCAAAAGUCAAGCCCUUCACUUGCGACAUAUGCGGUAAAGGAUUUACAGCUAAAGGAGGUUUAUACAUGCACCAAAGGGUGCACACGGGUGAAAAGCCACACACUUGUGACACUUGUGGAAAAAGUUUCUCUCUGAUUGGCACCCUAAACGUCCACAAGAAAUUUCAUUCAAAUGACAGGCCAAUAAAAUGUAGCUACUGUAAUAAGAGUUUCAAGUGCAAAGGUCAUUUGAGACGUCACCUUCCUGUGCACACAGGUGAGAAGCGAUACACAUGUAAAAUGUGUGGUAGAAAAUUUGCACAUUCUGAGGCUUUAAAACGCCACAUCCUAAUACACACCGGUGAAAAGCCGUAUAUCUGUGAGAUGUGUGGUAGUAGAUUUAGACAGAGAAGCAAUUUAAAAGUCCACCUGAAGGUGCAUGGAGAUACACAAUUGAUGUAUGACAAAAACGAUUAUUUGCAGAACGACAGUGUAACACACAAUCCCAACAGAGAUGAGUCCAGUCCUCAACGCUACAACUUGUGUGAGAAGUUUCCAAGCCCUGCCUAUUCAUUAAAAACUAAUGUGCUCGAUGCUAAACGACAACAUUCAGACGACCGCAAGCCCUUUACAUGCAAAUUAUGCAAGAAAAACUUCAGAAACAUAUAUAGCCUACGGAUACACGAGCACCUUCACACAGGAGAAAAACCUUUCAAGUGCGAGAUCUGUGGUAAGGCCUACGCACUUAGGAAGUCUUUCAAAAUGCAUAUGUUCUGUCAUUCAGGAGAAAGACCUCACAAAUGCAUAGUGUGUGGGAAAACAUUUAGGUGGUCUACCUCUCUGAAAAUGCACAUGCAGACGCAUACUCAUGAAAAACCAUACAAAUGUAAGACAUGUGGAAAGUCCUUUUACUGCAGUGGAAACUUAAAGCGACAUAAACACAUUCAUUCAGAGAAGAAACCGUUCAGCUGUGAGGUCUGUGAGGAAGGGUUUGGAGAACUCGACCAUCUUAAAGCACACAUGCAAAUCCAUACUGGAGUGGAACCCUACACAUGCGAAAAAUGUGGAAAGAUUUAUGCAUAUCUUUUACACUACCAUGCUCAUAAAUGUAAAACUGUAUAAAAUGACUUACUAAUUAUGUUUGUAUAUAAUUGUAUAUCUUAUAUAAUAUUGUAAUAAACAUAUUA